AUGGAGGCGGCUGUCGACCUACUUGAGAAGUCUGGAGAGAUUUACUCCAACCGCCCCCAUCUUGUCAUGGGAGAGUUUCUUUUUGCACGACUGCGCGGGUUCUCAAUGACCUAUGGGGCUAAAUGGCGGAAGUGGCGGACACUCCAAGGCUCGAUGUUUGGUGCCAAAUUGGCACCCAAUGUGAAGCCCAUGCAGGUCAAUGAAUCAGCGGUGCUCAUGCAUGAUUACCUGACGAACAGCGAUCCCUCGAGACACCACAAAAUUCUGCGAAGGUACACUGCAUCGUUGAUGUUCUAUCUUGGAUACGGACGACGCGUCAAGUCUCUCGAGGAUCCCCUCUGUGUAGAGCAUGACAAGGUGGAAGAAUAUAUUGAGAGUACGAAAAUACCCGGACGAUAUUUCAUAGAAAGUUGGCCGAUUUUGCUUUGGCUCCCACGACCAUUGCAAUGGUUCCGCAAGGAACCAGAGAAGCAUCGAGACAUCAACACAAACCUCUACCUGACUGCCAUGAACGACGUGAGAAGAAAGAUGCGAAAUGGAAACGCCGUCCCAUGCACGGCUACGUAUGGCCUGAGUAAACAAGAAGACCUGGGUUUCAGCGAUAUCGAGCUGGCCUAUGCACUCUCCGCCCCGUGGGCAGCAGGAAUUGGAACUGUGCAGGAGGAGCUUGAUGCAGUCGUCGGUCAAGACCGCAUGCCCAACUUUGAGGACCAACAGUCCCUACCUUAUUUGGAUGGUUUUAUUAAGGAGACACUGAGAUGGAGAACGGUCACUCCCACCGGAAUCGCACACUCAUCGACCGAAGACUAUACAUAUCGGGGGAUGAUGAUUCCCAAAGAGUCUACCGUAUAUGCUAACGCUGCUGCGAUUAUGCUUGAUCCCAAAGUUUUCCCCGAGGGCGAGAAGUUCAUCCCGGAGCGGUUUAUAGAAACCACUGACCCAAGGCUGAUCAACCACAAAUUUGGCUGUUUUGGCUUUGGGAGAAGAAUCUGCCCGGGUAUGUAUGUGGCACUUCAAUCGCUCUACAUUGUGAUUGCUAGAAUGCUCUGGGCGUUCGAUAUACUUCCGACUGUCGUCGAUGGAAAGCCCUUCAUUCCGGAUAAGGACGAUUUCACCACGGGAUUGGUCAGUUAUCCGGCCAAUCUACGGUAUCGACUUAUUCCUCGCAGUGAGAAGCACAAGGAGCAUGUUAUCAAAGAGGCUCAGCGUGCUAAUGCUGAUAUGGCUUCUCUGGAUGGUUAG